GAACAAAACUCACCUGUCAGGUGGCGGUAAGGGACCUGGCAACCCCAAAUGUUUGGCUAAGGCCGGCCAAAAUUUCUGGGCCCUGGAUCACGUGGCUAGGCUGGACACUUGAUUGGACGGGAUUGGAUUAGAUUCCUUCCAACUCUGCAAUUCUAUGAUUCUAAGAAUCUGCGAAGUCAGAACGUGUUUCUGAGUGGGAAAGGUCUGUCCCUCCAUCCUUGCCAUCUUCUGCCACAAAUUACCCAGAAGCUUUCAGGCUAUCUCGUUACUCAAGCCAAUGUUAGUGGUACUCUUGAGUAGAUUCAUUGAGGUUAAUGGGCGUGAUGACUUAAGUUAGGACCAUUCAUUAUGGUGGGUUUGCUCCAAGUAUAUCUGGAGAUAAUCUUUUGCUCCGAGGGCCAGGUGACGUGACAGAGAGCAGGGGGAGGGAAAUGUGGAUUGAUUACUGAAAGGUCUUCUUCUUCGCCACAGGAAGGCUGUGCUUCGUGAUGAUGAAUUAGGGCUCAGAGAAUCCUUUCUCUGAGCAAUGGAGAGAAGAGAGUCUGUGAUCUUCAGCAUGACAGAGACGCGGCGCCUCUCCUUGGACGAAAAUACAGACCUAGCCAACGGGGAGGCUGAACAGUUUGAUUCAGCAGAUGAAAGUUCAAAUUCUGAAGACGUUGAUUUCAACUGGGAUGAGUACUUGGAAGAGACAGGAUCUUGCGCUGCCCCUCACACUUCGUUUAAGCACGUGGAAGUCAGCCUCCAGAGCAGUUUCCAACCCGGCAUGAAGCUAGAGGUGGCCAACAAACACAACCCAGAGACCUACUGGGUGGCAACCAUCAUCACCACAUGCGGACAGCUCUUGCUGCUGCGUUACUGCGGCUACGAAGACGACCGCAGAGCUGAUUUCUGGUGCGACGUCAUGACAGCCGAUCUCCACCCUGUGGGUUGGUGCACCCAGAACAACAAAGUUCUCAUGCCUCCCAAUGCUAUCAAGGAGAAAUAUUCGGACUGGACGGCGUUCCUCAUACGUGAUUUGACGGGCUCGCGAACGGCGCCUGCAAAUUUACUGGAAGGCCCUCUGCGAGGGAAAAACCCUGUAGACCUCAUUACAGUUGAUUCCUUAAUAGAGCUUCAGGAUUCCCAGAGUCCCUUUCAAUACUGGAUAGUUAGUGUUCUUGAGAAUGUUGGAGGAAGAUUACGCCUUCGCUAUGUGGGAUUGGAGGAGACUGAAUCCUAUGACCAGUGGUUCUUUUACUUGGAUUACAGACUUCGACCAGUUGGUUGGUGUCAAGAGAAUAAGUACAGACUGGAUCCACCUGCAGAAAUCUGUUCUCUGAAGACUCUGUCUGAAUGGCAUUCUGCUCUGGAUAAAGCCCUGAUUGAGGCAGCACAGUUUCCCCUCCCUAUGGAAGUGUUUAAGGACCAUGACGACUUGAGGAACCACCUGUUCACGGUGGGCAUGAAAUUGGAGGCGGUGGAUAUGAAAGAUCCAUGUAGGAUUUGUCCCGCUACAAUAUCUAAGGUUUUUAACAACCAUUUUGUUCAAGUAACCAUCGACGACCUCCGUCCCGAAGGGAGCACAGCCUCCAUGAUUUGCCAUGCCGAUUCUUUGGGGAUCAUGCCAGUCCAGUGGUGCCUUAAAAACGGAGUCCACCUGACACCGCCCAAAGGUUAUUCUAGCCAGGACUUCGACUGGGCAGAUUACCAGAAGCAAUGUGGAACUGAAGCAGCUCCCCAGUUCUGCUUCAGAAAUGUAUCCUUCAGCCGAGGCUUUACGAAAAACAUGAAACUGGAGGCCGUGAACCCCAAGAACCAGGCUGAAAUCUGUGUGGCUUCCGUCAUCUCAGUAAAAGGGAGGUUAAUGUGGCUCCGCUUGGAAGGUUCACAGGUGCCUGCUUCAGAAUACAUCGUCGAUGUGGAGUCGAUGAACAUAUUCCCAGUUGGCUGGUGUGAAGCGAAUGCUUACAAGCUCUCGACGCCGCAUAAAGCCGUGUUGCAAAGGAAGAGGAAGAUUGCCGUCGUGCAGCCCGAAAAGCAGUUACCACACGGAGAGCCUGUGGAGAAAAAAAAUCACGAGCCAUGCAUGCUUCCACAGACAGACGCAAUAGGUACCAUCAAUGGGAGAUACAGCUGCCCUGCACUGUUCAUCAAUCACCGCUGUUUCUCAGGACCACACCUGAACAAAGGAAGAUUGGCCGAGCUGCCUCAGUCUGUUGGCCCGGGCAAGUGCGUGCUGGUUCUUAAAGAGGUCCUAAGCAUGGUGAUCAACUCUGCUUACAAACCCGGGAGUGUAUUGCGGGAGCUGCAGCUUGUCGAAGACCCCAGGUGGAAUUUCCAGGAGGAGACCCUCAAAGCAAAGUACAGAGGCAAAACCUACAGGGCCACAGUCAAGAUUGUCCGCACGUCUGAUCAAGUCCUGGAUUUCUGCCGGAGAGUUUGCGCUAAGCUGGAAUGCUGCCCGAAUUUAUUCAGCCCCAUCCCAGUUACUGAAGCCUGCCCGGAAAACUGCUCCGUUCACACCAAAACGAAAUAUACUUAUUAUUGUGGAAAGAGGAGGAAAGUCAUCAAGGCUCCAGCUGGAGAAAACAACAGCCGCAGCCCAGAGAGCAGACAUGGCAAGCCAGCCAGGCGCAGGAAGAUUCAGAAGCCCAUUCCAGCGCAAAAGAAGAGUCAGCCAUCUAUAACAGACCUAGCGGAAUCCGCGGAGGAAAGCGACGAGGAGGAACCUGAGGCCCUGGACGACGAGACAUGGAGUGAAGAGACCAGCCCAGAGCUACAAGAUGACCAGACAGACGUCUCCUCGGCCGAGCUGCCUGCAGGCAAGCCUGCGAGCACAAUGAGGCUGCGCAGCAGUUCUGACCUGGACCGAGUCUCUCGCAGCGGGAGGAGCAGGCGAGCCCGGAAAACCUUGGCUGUCAUGUGCGCCAAAGGGCAGAAAAGGGCUCGGUUCAGACAGGUGAUGAAGCCAGAGCCGGAACAGAAACUUGUGCUGGAGAGCAACCCGUUGGAAUGGACUGUCACGGACGUGGUGAAGUUCAUCAAGCUAACCGACUGUGCCCCUCUUGCCAAAAUAUUUCAGGAGCAGGACAUUGACGGCCAAGCUCUUCUCUUGCUGACCCUGCCGACCGUCCAGGAGUGCAUGGACCUCAAACUCGGUCCCGCCAUCAAGCUGUGCCACCAGAUCGAGCGGGUCAAACUGGCUUUCUAUGCCCAGUACGCCAACUGACCACGCCGAUUGCCACUUUCCCGUCUCCGUGACUUUCGUUCCAAGGUUGCGCCUGGAUCUCCCGACCCUGAAACCCUUUGCAUUCGGAAGCACUGAUAAAAUAUAUAUUGUGGGGAAGAAGGUGGCAGCCUGGCUGCUUGCUCACGAGUAGGCUGGCCUGCAGCUGGGGCAUUGGGGUGGGGCUGUAUAAGGGCUGCAAGGCUUCAGGUUCCUGAGAGAUUAUGAGCCUCAAAGAGAGUCAGGUAAAGGGGUAAGAUACGGAGUGAUAGACAGAGGAUCCCUCCAGAUGGAUGGUUUAUUCGUUUGUUCGUUUUUUGGGGGGAGGGUGGUUGCAGAUGCGUUCUGCAACUUGUCCCUGAUUCAUUCAGAUUGCAUUAGUGAUGGAUUUAUACCAACCCAUACGCAUACCAUUCUGCUUCAUGAGUUGUUCUGCCAUGCUUUCCCCAAUGUUGGGCACCUUUGCACUAUAGCACAGCUAAAAGAAGAAAAAUACCCACCCAGAACAUUUGCGGCAUAGAAAAGGGAUGUGCGUAAGCUCGCAAGGGCUGGACUUUGCAGUAGAGAACCUCUGGCAGAAAAAAAUUGAGAUGACGAGGAUGACACUCGCUAUCUCAAAUCGAGCUUGCUUUUCCGUUGCUGUAAGCACUGGGGUUAUUUCACGUGUCGAUUUGCUGUUCUCGGCGACCGAUCCACUAUUCUAAAGCACACACAAGAGCACCAUUUGGGAAUGACUUCGUUUGACAGGGGAAAGAGGGGUCUUGAAGGCAGGGCGGCUGUCAUUUGGGCCUGAUCCUUGCGGUGCAAUUUCCCUGGCUGAGUAAUUGUGUACAGAAAUGCAUGCGCUGAGUUGAAGUGUGCAGAAACGAGAAGGAAAGCUCACAAAACUGGUUCACGGCGGGGGAAGCUGCGUUGCAAAAAAAUGUGUGCUAAACUGCAUAGGGAAGAAGUCGGCAGGACGGAUUUUUCAGAAGGACUCAAAUCACCAGCUGAUGUGUUAAAAGUGCGAGAGUCGAAUUUGAGAUUGGAGAAAUGAGAAAUUAAGAGAAGCUGAAAUGGACGGGCUCGGCCACCCCUAGUUUCCAACCAACAUGCAAGAUCAAGGGUCCAAAUCGUACAAACCGUUUUGCACCGCAGAGCAUUGAGGGACACCCGCUUCCCCGACUCCUACAGCCAGUGGCGGAGGAAGCUGCUCAGGCACAUGGGGCAAGCUGCCCAUAGGGGCAGGAUACAUCCCAGGGCCUCCAGAGUCUGUCUGCCUCCUCCCACUCAGCCA